AUGGAUGCUAAAGGGAAUAAAAUCGUUGUUUGUGACAACGGUACUGGGUUCGUUAAAUGUGGUUAUGCGGGCUCCAAUUUUCCUUCCCAUAUAUUCCCUUCCAUUGUUGGCCGACCGUUAAUUCGUUCCAGUUCCAAAGUUGGUAAUAUCGAAAUCAAGGACUUAAUGGUUGGUGAUGAAGCCAGUGAAUUACGAUCAAUGCUGGAUAUAAACUAUCCUAUGGAUAACGGAAUUGUCCGAAAUUGGGAUGAUAUGAAACAUGUUUGGAAUUAUACAUUUGAUAACAAGCUGAAAAUAGAUGCAAAAAAAUGCAAGAUUUUAUUAACCGAGCCUCCUAUGAAUCCCAUGAAAAAUAGAGAGAAAAUGAUUGAGACAAUUUUUGAAGAGUAUGGUUUUGCAGGCUGCUAUAUUGCUAUUCAAGCAGUUUUAACCCUCUAUGCUCAAGGAUUACUAACGGGUGUUGUGGUGGAUUCUGGCGACGGUGUCACUCACAUAUGUCCAGUUUAUGAAGGCUUUUCACUGCCUCAUCUUACUCGCCGUUUAGAUAUUGCUGGUCGCGAUAUUACCCGUUAUUUAAUUAAAUUGUUGCUGCUUAGGGGCUAUGCGUUCAAUCAUUCAGCCGAUUUUGAAACUGUUCGCAUUAUGAAAGAAAAGUUAUGCUACGUUGGCUAUAAUAUCGAGCAAGAGCAAAAGUUGGCGCUGGAUACUACGGUUCUGGUUGAAACUUACACGCUACCUGACGGUAGAGUAAUUAAAGUAGGUGGAGAAAGAUUUGAAGCUCCUGAAAUUCUAUUUCAACCGCAUUUGGUCAAUGUUGAAAGUGGUGGAGUCGCAGAAGUAUUAUUCAAUGCAAUUAAUGCUGCCGAUAUUGAUACUCGUCCUGAAUUUUAUAAGCAUAUUGUUCUAUCUGGUGGAUCGACAAUGUACCCGGGUUUACCAUCGCGUUUAGAACGUGAAUUGAAGCAGCUGUAUUUGGAAAGGGUCUUGAAAGGAAACACUGCGCAGUUAUCGAAAUUCAAGAUCCGCAUUGAAGAUCCUCCAAGACGUAAGCACAUGGUGUUUCUGGGAGGUGCUGUUUUAUCAGAUAUCAUGAAAGAUAAUCCACAAUUUUGGAUGACUCGCGAAGAGUACCAAGAAAAGGGGAUUAAAGUUUUGGAAAAACUUGGAGUUUCCUUCAAGUAA